AUGGAAAUAAAGGGUGAAAUGAACCAUGAAUGGAUCGGCAAUGCUUGGCUGCCCAGCCUGGGCUUGGCACAGUACCGACCUGCCUUCAUGGAAUGUCUCGUGGACGCUCGUAUGCUCAGUCAAUUGGCGCGUAGGGAUCUACGAAUUCAUCUUAAAAUGAUCGACCAGUUUCACAGGCUUAGUCUACAGUAUGGUCUGGUCUGCCUCAAGCGGCUGAAUUUCAACCGUGCGGAGCUAGAGAGGAGGCGCGAGUUGUGCCAGGGUGAUGGAUCCGGUUAG